CCGCCGGGCUGUUCCUGUGCGUUCCUUUGGUGGCUCCCACCCGACCCCAGCAUCUCCCUCUUGGUUUGCCGAGCUCAGUUACCAGCAGGGACGUGAAGAUGGAUGGUCGGGAUCCUUGGCGAUUAUGUGCUGUGUGGCCUCCAGGCGCUCCGGGGCAGGGAUCUUCUGAAUUUGGCUCCUGAUUAAAGCUGACAGAUAAUGGAAACAUUUCCUCGGCGAUGUCUCUGGGGCGACUCCUCCGUCGUGCCUCUUCAAAAGCUUCCGACCUCCUGACCUUCAGUCCUGGUGGUGGCAGCAGUUCACCUUCCAUACUUGACGGGGAGAUUAUCUACUCUAAGAACAAUGUCUGUGUCCACCCGCCUGAGCUGCUGCAAAGCAUCGGGGAGCAUCAUCCAGGCUACUUGUGUCUGUACAUGGAGAAGGAUGAGCUGCUGGGAACCACGCUGAUCCUCGCCUGGGUGCCCAACUCCCGUAUCCAGAGGCAGGACGAGGAAGCCCUGCGCUACGUCACCCCCGAGAGCUCCCCCGUCCGCAGAGCUCCCCGCAAGCGCGGCCGCCACGCUCAGGGCUUUGGCAUCGCCCGGCCGGCCUCCCCCACCGAGCAGAGAGGGGCAGUGCUCCUGAAAGGAGAUGACAUCCUGACUGUGUCCCAGCUGGUGAAAGAUGUGGCUUACAUCAGCUCCCCCCCUUCGGAAGGGGAGAAGCUGCCCCAGUGCUGCCCUGCGGUCGACGGCGCCCGCCGGUCCCCCCUGCCUGCCCGCAGUGACUCAGGGAUCCUCUCGACAAUCAGCUCUCAGGAGGAGCAGAACAGGUCGGAGCUGUCACUGGAGGGGACAGAGGAAGGUCUGGACUGCAGGCCAGAGCCAGGGGAGGACGAGGGCUCCUUGGAGCUGUCCGCUGAUGAUGUGAGCAGGGACAGCACUUUUGACUCUGAUUCUGAUGCCUUCUCUUCCCCCUUCUGCCUCUCUCCCAUUAGUGAAGCUCUUGGGAAAAGCACUAGCUCUGUGUUUCUGGAUAAUGAGAGCAGGGACACGUGUGACAAUGGCAUGACCUGCUCCACCAGCUCGGCCUCCAGCCUCGACACCAGUGCCCAGUUUCAGGAGAGUAAUGGGCAAACGCAGAGCACCAGAUGGGAUGAACAGCAGAGAGUAUUUGCCCUCGAGCAGGUCUGUGGUGUCUUUCGAGUGGACCUGGGACAAAUGAGGUCCCUUCGCCUCUUCUUCAGUGAUGAGGCCUGCACCUGUGGACAGCUGGUUGUCGCGAGCAGGGAGAGCCAGUACAAGAUCUUCCACUUUCACCAUGGUGGCCUGGAUAAACUGUCUGAGGUGUUUCAGCAAUGGAAGUACUGCACGGAGACCCAUCUCAAGGACCAGCACCUCGCUGAUGAGAAGACCUGUAUGCAGUUCUCCAUCCGCCGGCCCAAGCUGCCCUCCUCGGAAACCCACCCGGAGGAGGACACCUACAGGCGUCUCGAUGUGUCUGCCUGGCUCCACCACCUGAACGAAGCCGGGCAGGUGGAGGAGGAGUACAAGCUGCAGAAGGCCAUUUUCUUUGGUGGGAUUGAUAUUUCCAUCCGUGGGGAGGUGUGGCCCUUCCUGCUGCACUACUACAGCUACGAGUCCACCUCUGAAGAGAGGGAGGCCCUGAGACUGCAGAAGCGGAAGGAGUACUUUGAGAUCCAGGAGAAAAGGCUUUCGAUGACUCCAGAGGAGCAGAAGGAGUUUUGGCGUAAUGUGCAGUUCACGGUGGAUAAGGACGUGGUGAGGACUGACCGCAGCAACCAGUUCUUUCGAGGGGAGGACAACCCAAACGUGGAAACUAUGAGGAGGAUCUUGCUGAACUAUGCAGUAUUUAACCCAACAAUUGGAUACUCUCAGGGAAUGUCAGACCUGGUUGCCCCACUUCUGGCAGAGGUCCUAGAUGAGUCGGAUACUUUCUGGUGCUUUGUAGGACUGAUGCAGAACACGAUCUUCAUCAGCUCACCCCGGGAUGAGGACAUGGAGAAGCAGCUGAUGUACCUGCGAGAGCUGCUACGGCUCAUGCACCCACGCUUCUACCAGCACCUUUCUUCUUUGGGGGAGGAUGGUCUGCAGAUGCUUUUCUGUCACCGUUGGAUCCUCCUGUGUUUUAAACGUGAAUUCCCAGAGGCUGAGGCUCUGCGCAUGUGGGAAGCGUGCUGGGCUCACUACCAGACAGACUAUUUCCACCUCUUUAUCUGCGUGGCCAUCGUGGUGAUCUAUGGGGACGAUGUCAUUGAACAGCAGCUGGCCACUGACCAGAUGCUGCUGCAUUUUGGCAACCUGGCCAUGCACAUGAGUGGAGAGCUCGUCCUCAGGAAGGCGAGGAGUCUGCUCUAUCAGUUCCACCUGCUGCCCCGCAUCCCCUGCAGCCUACAUGACCUGUGCAAGCUGUGUGGGACAGGAAUGUGGGACAGUGGCUUCAUCCCUGCUGUGGAGUGCUCUGGCCACCACCCUGAGUCUGAGAGCUGCCCCUAUGGGGGACUGGUCGAGGGGUCUUCUCCUAAACCAGGAAGUGAAGGCAAGAGAGGCUUGAAAACACGGGACGUCUUUGCCUUCCGAAAAUAGCUGUAGAGGAACAGGGAGCGACAGCGGAAGAGGGAAGGGCAGGAAGGAUGUGCAUAGGAAAGAACUUUGAAGACAAAAAUGGAGGGACAGCUUGUCAAGACUCGUGAGAGGACCGAAAGGUGGAGAAUGGAGGAGGAAUGGAAUCACUCUGCAGGGAAAGCAAAUUCCAGUGCACUGGUGGUAGAACCUGAAUGAAAUGCAUCAAACCAGUAUCAGUGUUUGCAUGCGUUUGGAUUUAAUUUUGUUAGAAACAUGAAGCUUUUCUAGGUCUUAAUAAGGACUUUUUAUUCUGCCUCUGGGAUUAGACUGGUUAGCAACCAGAACUUUGUUACUUGCUGAUGAGAAAUGAGAACACUAAAAAGUACAACCAGCAGCGUUUGUGGGCCAGGAGUAGGACCAGAGCUGUGGCAGGAGCUCUCCCUGCCAUGUCUCUUCAUCCAAGCGUACCACACACAUGCUCUCUCUGCUUCAACCAAAAUGUGCAGCUUAGUGGCUUCUCUCUAAAGCCAUAGAGACCAUUUUAAUUAUAAUCUGCCAAAAAUAAAAUUGCAGACUAAUGGGAUUGCAGGGAAGGUGUCUGCUUUGGUGUCAAGGAAGAACUGGUCACCCAAAGGUCUUGUCUCCUGCCCUUUCUUUUUUAUAUGUCAUACUGGCUGGCAUGACUUUGUUUCCAUUUGUACUGAAAGUGCACAGCCACGGGUCUUCAAGACACUUGAAGACACUUUUCUGUAGUCAGGGUGUUUCAUAGACACUUUUCAAAGUUUACUUCUUCAAGGCAUUACAGCAAAGCUGUUUCUUUAUGCUGACAACUACAGACUUGAGAUACUUUUUUAAGGGAAUCUGUUGUUCGCAGUGUGUUUCCCAAUGUUUUUUCUCGGGUGAAUGUGGUGAAUAUUGCUGAAUAUUCACUGUCCUUACCUGCCUUGGCCAUAGCCAUGGCACACACACUCCAGGUGGGCUUUAGGCUCUUCAGCUGGUGCCAGUUGUGAACCCUCUUUCUCCAUUCCAAAGUGAAAAUGAAACUUGGUUCAUAGCUCUGUCUCUGAUGGAAGUUUCCCUUGAGGUAUUUUUGAAAGAACAGCAUGUUUCUCCUCUUGUCUUCUAAAACAUUUGCCAACUAGAAGUGGAGCUGGGGCCUUGAGCACAGCCAUGUUGCCAAAUGUCCUUACCAAAUUCAGUGGCAUCCCAAGGUGUGUCCUGAGCCAGCAUUUGUGCCAAACAGAGCUGGGGGAAUAGUUUCCUGGUAGGAAUUAAAAAGGAAAGGAGGUGACAGUGGGCUGUGCCAGCUGUGCUGAUCCCCUGCAUGGCGUGUGAAGUCCUGCAGCCUUUCCUGGCUGUCUUGCUCCCUCUCACUUCAGCCACUCUGCUUCUCAUGUGCAACUGUGUAUUGGUCUGACAGAAGGGACAGUCCAGACUCACUUUCCAGCUCUGCCUGUCAGGCUUGUUUGUCCCUUUAGCAGCACAUGUGGAGACCCUGCACCCUUGUGCCUCAUCCUGCAGUGGGUUCCUGCAUCUGACAAGCAAAUUUGCCUACAAAUGUUUCUGCAAGGCCUUAUCCACAGCCUGUGCUGGAGCCUGCAUGCGCCAUACCUGCUGGGAGCAGAGGCUGGCAACUGGGAGCCUUCCUGCGAAAGCAACACAAACCAAGUCCAUGCUGUGUUUGUAAGGGGAAGGAGGCUUCACCCUAUGCAGGCACCAUGCCAAAGACUGGCUGUCAUGUGGCAGGACAGUUGGGUUCCUGAUUUGUGUGCCUUUAAUUCAGAGGAUGGAAACCUUCCCCUUGAGGAGGACAGUUCGGCAUCACACCCUUCCAAAGCAGCCCGGCUUCCAGAGGGACUGAGGCUACAGGUGCCUGCUGGGGUUGCAGGAGGUGACACCUCAUGUAAGGGCUGGUGGCAGCUUUGCUGUGAAGCAGUGAGUUCUUCAGGAUUUACAAUGUUUCAGUGAAUAAUAAAAGUUUGUGUGAGGCA